AACAAGCGUCAGCUUCUACCUAAAAAACUCUAAAAAUGGCGAGUGGAUUUUGAUGUAGGAGUGUAACGGGAGUUGUAGUGUUUACAGCCGAGAUCCAACGGGACGCUUUGGAGGAAAACUUUUUGAAGAGUUUUCUCUGAUCCUACAGGUGGGUGGGUCUCAGCGUGAGUGAGAAGCUUUCUCUGCUCUGCCAGGAGCCAGGAUCAGGCCAGGUAGGGGACCUGGAUGUGACUUCACACCCACUGAGGAUGCUCUGAACUGGGAAGACUCUUCCAAGGUAUCCCCUCUCAACAAAGAUAUGGCUUCAGCGGUGUCCAGCUCAGGAUCAGCUUCCCCCGGCUCGCAGGUUCACGCGGCAGCUGUCAAUGGGGAUAGGAGCGCCCUCGUCAAACUGAUCACAGCCGAGCCACAGUUGAGGGACCAUGAGGACCAGUUUGGGCGCACCCCUCUGAUGUACUGUGUGCUGGCCGACCGACUGGACUGUGCUGAGGUUCUGCUGAAGGCCGGAUCCUCGGUCAACAAAACAGACCACAGCCAGAGGAGCGCUCUGCACCUUGCAGCGCAGAAGGGAAACAUGCGUUUCCUGAAGUUACUCCUGUCCAGACGGGCCAACUGUCUGCAGAAGGAUUUGGAGGGAAUGACCCCUCUCCACCUGGCCACCCGACACCCAUCUCCUAAAGCCCUCGCACUGCUGCUGAAACACAUCGGGCCUGGAGAGGUGGACAUCCAGGAUAAGAAUAAGCAAACUGCUCUUCACUGGUCAGCGUUUUAUAACCGACCAGAGCACGUCCGCCUUCUCAUCAAGCAUGAUUCCAACAUUGGCAUCCCGGACAGUGAGGGGAAGAUUCCUCUGCACUGGGCUGCUCAUAGUCAGGAGGCCAGCGCCACACAAACUGUCCGCUGCAUACUGGAAGCAGCACCCACAGAGUCCCUGCUGAACUGGCAGGACUAUGAGGGCCGGACGCCUUUGCACUUUGCUGUUGCCGACGGUAACAAGGCAGUGGUUGAGGUAUUAACGUCCUAUGAGGGUUGCAAUGUCACAGCGUAUGAUAACCUCUUCAGGACGCCACUGCACUGGGCAGCACUGCUUGGACAUGCAAAAAUUGUCCAUCUGCUGUUGGAGAGAAACACAUCGGGGACAAUUCCUUCAGACAGCCAAGGAGCGACGCCACUGCAUUAUGGGGCUCAGAGCAACAAUGCUGAGACUGUUGGUGUAUUUCUGUCUCACCCAUCUGUGAAAGAUGAACCUGACCUGGAGGGACGGACAGCCUUCAUGUGGGCCGCCGGGAAGGGCAGUGAUGACGUUAUCCGCACAAUGCUUGCCCUUGCCACCCGGAUCGACAUCAAUAUGGCUGACAAAUACGGCGGCACCGCGCUUCAUGCAGCCUCCCUGUCCGGCCAUGUGAGCACAGUGAAGCUGCUGCUGGAGAAGGGAGCCACAGUCGACUCACUGGAUGUCAUGAAGCACACACCACUCUUUCGUGCCUGUGAGAUGGGAUACAAAGAUGUUAUCCUCACUCUCAUCAAAGGUUCUGCUUGUGUUGACCUGGUCGAUGUGGACGGUCAUACUGCUCUCCACUGGGCAGCUCUGGGGGGGAACGCUGAGGUCUGCCAGAUACUGAUGGAGAACGGGAUCAGUCCCAACGUACAGGAUCACGCAGGACGCACUCCGCUGCAGUGUGCCGCAUAUGGUGGUUACAUCACAUGCAUGGCUGUUCUCAUGGAGAACAACGCCGACCCAAAUAUUCAGGACAAGGAGGGGCGGACUGCGCUCCACUGGUCUUGUAACAACGGGUAUCUGGAUGCUGUGAAACUGCUCCUGGGCUACAAUGCCUUUCCAAACCAAAUGGAGCACACAGAGGAGAGAUAUACCCCUCUUGACUACGCUUUACUAGGGGGGCACAGUGAGGUCACCCAGUUUAUGCUGGAGCACGGCGCUCUGUCUAUAGCCGCCAUCCAGGACAUCGCCGCUGCGACCAUCCAGGCUGUCUACAAGGGCUACACCGUCCGUAAGGCCUUCAGGGAGAGAAAGCAGCUCCUAAUGCGGCACGAGCAACUGCGCAAAGAUGCAGCCAAAAAGAGAGAAGAGGAGCAGCGAAGGAGAGGAGCAGCGCAGCAAUCUCAGGACAAACCAAGGGGUUCAUUUCAGAGAGCAAAGCAGGCGGAGCUCUUAAUGAACAUCGUGGAAAAUCCAAGCAUGAAUGAUUCCUCUGUGGAUUCAAAGAAACAGAGAAAAAUCAAAGAGGGGAGACAUAAAGCCAAGAGGAGCACGUUUCCCAGUAGAAGCAUUGCAGCUGAACGACCUGAAGCUUCAGAAGCUGUGAGCAGUAGUUCCCUACAGAGCGUCAGUGUUGAGCCUGAAGUUCAGCAGCACACCAGGCUGAAGAAACUUCUCUCUCCUGCCGCCUCCAAAGAGCCCCCCAGUCUAACACCCACACCUUCCAAAGCUCCCAAAGCCAGGGAGCGGACUCACUCAGUCGCCUCCGCUGCUUCCUCAGACCAAACCCAGGUGAGCUCUGGAGAUGGUAGAAAGAAGGACAAUGUGCACUCUUCCCCCAACAAGCAAAAGAACCACAAGGAGGCAACCUCAGAGGUCGCUUUCGGAGGCCGAACUCCAUCACUAAGGAGCAGCUCAUCUUCACAUCCCAAAAGGCCACGGAGAAAAACGCAGCCUGGUGUCACACAACCUGGAUUAGUGGAGAAGCGUGAGAAGGAGCACCUGAGGAGGAAUGAGGCUGCCCGUAUCAUUCAGCAAGCGUGGCAGAGGUUUCGUGCACGCAAGAGGAGGGAGGGGAGAGGCUGUGAAGAAGCUGGGCCAAGCAAGUCGAACCAGAUCCACAAUAGGAAAAGAGUGGAAAACAGAACUGCGCUCGGUAAACCUGCACCGAGUAAGAGCUCUGUGCUGCAGAGCAUCUAUGGCAGCUCUGUGGCACGGAGAGGACGCACCUUUCAGAGCUCUAAGACUCCCCUCCCGCAUGACGUUCCCCUACGCGCACGGAGUCAGCUGGGCGGUUUAAACUUGGUGCACCUGACUGAUGCCUUGAGUCAAGCCAAGCUGUACUCCUACCACCUGAGGCCACAGAGUGCAGGACAGGGUACGAGAGGCCGAGGGAAACACUAAGCACAGCCUCUCAGUAUAAACUACCGGUUCUUUAAAAAAACUGUUUUAUUGAGAUUUUUGUGCUAUAGACUACCACAUCAUUUUGAAGUAAAAAAAAACAAACAAAAAUAUGUACUUUUGUAAUCAGCUGCUAGUAUUUUUGGUCUCUUUAUUUUUUACAAAAUAGUUUAAGCGUAAUCAGAUUGUAUGGAGAAUUUCACAUAUAUAAACAGCUGAACUUUGACUGGGACCUUCUUACACAUCAAUAUGCUUUGAUAUAAACCCUCCUUCAUAGCUCUGUACGUUAAUUUAGUUUGAACCUCUGCACCAGUCAUACACGAAUAGACAACAAUGUAGGUACCCUUCGUUUAAUGAAAGAAAAACCAACAAAGGUCACAGAAAUAAACUGAGUCUGACAAAAGUCAGAAAAAAUAAGAUAUUUAUUUCCAACCAUGCUUCAUCGAAAUAAGUUUAAAAUAUAAAUUCAUGAAACAGGCCUGAAAAAAGAUGGUAGUCCCA